AUGUUCUAUCAUCAGCAAAUCACCUUUCUUUCUAUCAUAUUAUUAUUUUCCCUUCUAUGUGCUGGAUCCUUUCAAAAUAUAACUGGCUCAGUCUCUAGUGAUCUGUUUAACUCUCUCGAGGAACUAUCACGACUGGUAGAUAUCUCCUACUGCGUGGGUACCACAGGUGUUCAGGAGCCAUUCCAGUGUCUCAGUCACUGUACAUGGAAUACGGGUGUGCUCUUAUCCGACUCGUGUGGUUAUAUUGCGGUCUCCCAUCCACCAGCAGAGAAGCGCAUCGUCGUCACAUUUAGAGGAACAUACUCUUUUACCAACACAAUUAUCGAUCUGUCGGCAUAUCCUCAGUCUUACGUGCCAUAUACAGGCGACGACAAAGAAGAUCCAGGAAAUGAGACAAAGUGCCAGAACUGCACCGUACAUGCUGGUUUUAUGUCUUCGUGGUUAAAUACCCGGCCCAUCGUGCUGCCAUAUGUACUGGCAGCUCUCGAAAAGUACCCGGACUACGAAGUAACGUUAGUAGGCCACUCGCUCGGAGGAGCAGUAGCUGCACUCGCCGGUCUUGAGAUGCGCCUCAAGGGUUGGAACCCACUAGUCACUACUUUCGGACAACCAAUGAUUGGUAACAAAGCAUUUGUGAAGUUCCUGGACGAGCAGUUCCAGCUAGAAAGAAGUGAUAGCAAGCUUUCGCCCGACGCGGAGGCCCAACGAUUCCGACGCGUCACCCAUGUUGAUGACCCAGUCCCUCUUCUUCCGCUCACAGAAUGGGGCUAUGCACCACAUGCAGGAGAAAUUUUCAUCACGAAGCCUGAACUUUCCCCUAUUGUUGCAGAUAUUCAGAUGUGCAUGGGUGACCAUGACCUGCGAUGUAUCGCUGGGUCGGAGAUAUCUGCUUUUUUGCUGGAUAUAUAUCAAAACCCUAUCCAUAUUAGGUCUCGUUCAGAUCCAUGCUCAUCAUACAGCGGCGUCUCUGGUGCCGGCCAAGCUAUAUUGAGAGCGCAGAAAGACGGCCCUAUACAUUGCGCAUCUGACGAUCCCAUGGCUCCUCUGCAGCCUAAUAAUUGGGACUGGUCCCUGAUUCCAGCCAGAUACCGUCUAUGGGAACUCUUCUAUGCUCACCGUGACUACUUCUGGCGAAUUGGCCUUUGUAUCCCGGGCGGAGAUCCUACCGGCUGA